GAGUGCUGGAAUCGAGUUCUCACUUCUCACUAAAGCGCUAGCAUCUGGCAAUGAGCAAGCAACGAAUAUAGAAAGCUUGAACAAACCAGUCAACUGUUUUUGGAAGUGCAGAAGCGUGAGACCUGGAAACCCAAUUCUCAAUGGCAGCUGUUUCGGGCCCUAAACCAGUCACUCAUGUCAUCUUCGACAUGGACGGUCUCUUACUGGAUACGGAGAAAUUCUACACUGAAGUCCAAGAGAUCAUACUUGCUAGAUACAAUAAAACUUUUGAUUGGUCCCUUAAGGCAAAAAUGAUGGGAAGGAAAGCAAUUGAAGCUGCUCGGGUCUUUGUUGAAGAGACUGGAAUUAGUGACUCACUUUCUGCUGAGGAUUUUCUUGUAGAGAGAGAAGAGAUGUUGCGUAAAUUGUUUCCAACAAGUGACCUCAUGCCAGGGGCUAGCCGUUUGAUCAAACAUCUCCAUGCCAAAGGAAUACCAUUUUGCUUGGCGACAGGUUCUCACAGGCGGCAUUUUGAAUUGAAAACCCAAAGACAUGGUGAACUUUUCUCAUUAAUGCAUCAUUUUGUUCUUGGUGAUGAUCCAGAAGUUAAACAAGGCAAGCCAUCACCGGAUAUAUUCCUUGCAGCAGCCAAGAGGUUUGAGGGUAGUCCGGUCGAGUCAGAUAAGAUCCUCGUGUUUGAAGAUGCACCAUCAGGAGUUCUCGCAGCUAAGAAUGCUGGGAUGUCUGCAGUUAUGGUUCCAGAUCCACAGCUGGACAAAUCUCAUCAUGCUACUGCAGACCAAGUCCUGAGCUCGCUAUUGGAUUUCAAUCCGAGUGAUUGGGGUUUGCCGCCAUUUGAAGAUGCAUAAAUCAAGAUUUCCCUAUUUAUAAAACAAACGCCUGCAUCGUACAGAAUGCUAUAAGAUCAUUGAUUGAUUGAUGGAAGUUCUUAAUCGUUCAGGUCCCUGAGCAUAACUUCCAUUUUAUUUUUAUUAUAGGUCAGUCACUUCAACUCUUGAUCCAAUUGCCAUUGUGGCAUGAAUGCAGUUCUUUCAGAGUAAGAUCUAUUAUUAUUUAAAUGCGAAAAAAAAAAAAAAAAAACUUUGAGAAAUGAACAAGAUAUAGCUUA